UUGCCCAAUUGGGCUGGCCACUUCCGUACGCAGUGGUGGCUGGCGUCAGGGAAGGGUUGGGGGACAGUUUUCCCCACGUUAGUACGUCAUUAUUGGUGUAAUGGCUAGAAGCGUCCAUCCCAUCAGCAAAGGGCGGUGCAGCUGCUGAGGAACGUAAAGAAGCCAAGUACGGUAGACAGCCUCCGAGACCUACUAGACACCUGCCUUUUAAGCGGGGGCCCUUACUCGGCACCUUUAUCCGGGACCCCACUUCAGGGUCCUCAUCCGGGGAACCCCCGCAAGAAAAAUCAUCCGGAGGCCCCCCCCCCAGGACUCUCAUCCCGGCAGCACCUGGGCUCGCAUCCGGGGCCGGCACUCCACUGCCGGAAAUGCCACUGAGAUGCACCGCCCUCCGGCCGUCUAGAGCGGCCCCGGAAGAGCUGGCCAGGCCCCGAGCAGAAGUGUGCGGGUGACGGGACGGUAGCUAGGCCCGCCUCUCCGUUCGGGUGAGUCCCCCGGAAGCCGUUCUCGGGUCGCUGUGAGACAGGCCCCUUGUUUCGUCUCUCUAGAAAGAGGAGGAAGAGGCGCCGUGCCGGCCCUUGGCUGAAGGCGCCUUCUGGAUCGCGUAGCGGCCCGCUGCGAGAACCCGUUUGUCUUCAGUCGUGGUCUCCCCGAAGCCCGGCAGAUCGAGAGCCCCGCAGUCCGAAUUCCGUGACCUGUCUUGUGUGCGCUGGAACAGGGAUGGAGGAACUGGCAGCCCAAGAAGCCACAGGAUCACCAAGGGUCCAGUUUCAGUCUUUGGAGACCCAGUCUGAGUGUCUUUCCCCAGAACCUCAGUUCAUGCAGGACACCGACAUGGAGCAGGGACUCACUGGGGGAUUUCCAAUUUCCAAGCCUGAUGGGAUCUCCCAGCUGGAACAAGAUCUGCAGGUCUUUGAUCUGGAAACUAAGAAUAGAGAAGUCUUAAGAGGUGACUGUUCAGAUGGAGAAACCAGAGAAGAGAACAAGCUGUUGAUUCCUAAGCAGAAAAUUUCGGAAGAAGUACAUUCAUACAAAGUGAGAGUAGGAAGACUCAAACAGGAUAUUGCCCAAGUUCCUGAGACUAGAGAAGUACAUAAGUCUGAGGACAGAUUAGAAAGGCUUCAGGAAAUCCUGAGGAAAUUUCUCUUCCUGGAAAGAGAGUUUAGACAAAUAGCAAUCAGCAAGAAAACUUUCACCAGUGAGAACAAUGAAUGUAAUGAGUCCGAAAAAAGCUUCAGUCUGGAUUCUACCCUUGAUACAGAUCACAGAAUUCUUAGAAUACAGAAUAUCGAUGACAAUAAGUAUGACAUGAACCUCACCCAGAACUCAGCUGCUGAUAAACAUGAACACAUAAAUCUACAACAGAAUUUUCAGAAUAGUGAAUACAAAGAAAGUGUAAUGGAUCUCUCCCACCUUAGUAAAUGGGAGAGCAUUUCUACUGCUGAGAAAUCUUAUAAAUGUGUUACCUGCGGAAAAGUCUUCCAUCAGAGCUCAGCCCUUACUAGACAUCAGAGAAUCCAUACUAGGGAGAAACCCUACAAAUGUAAAGAAUGUGAGAAAUCUUUCAGUCAGAGCUCAAGUCUUAGUCGACAUAAAAGAAUACACACUAGAGAAAAACCUUAUAAAUGUGAAUCAUCUGAUAAAUCCUGUGAAAAGUCUGAGAAAUCAUGUAGUCAGAGUUCAGACGUAAUUCAGCAUAAGAAGAUUCACACCAAAACCAAAUCUUAUAAGUGUAACAAUUGUGAAAGAGUCUUCAGUCGUAGUGUACACCUUACUCAACACCAGCGAAUUCACAGAGAGAUGCCUUGUAAGUGUACUGUAUGUGGCAGUGAUUUCUGUCAUACCUCAUAUCUAGUUGAACAUCAGAGGGUCCACCACCAAGAGAAAUCCUAUGAGUAUGAUGAAUGUGGUUUGGCCUAUGUUAAACAUCAAGAAAUUCGUUUCAGAGAAAAGCCCUAUACGUGUAAUGAAUGUGGAAAAGACUUCAGAUUGAAUUCACAUCUUAUUCAACAUCAGCGAAUUCAUACAGGAGAGAAAUCACGUGAAUGUAAUGAGUGUGGAAAAGCUUUCAGUCAAACCUCAUGCCUUAUUCAACAUCACAAAAUACAUAGGAAAGAGAAAUCAUAUGAAUGUAAUGAUUAUGAGGAAAAUUUCAUUCGCAGCUCAGAUCUUACCCUGCAACAAGAAGUUCUCACCAGAGAAAAAGUCUUUGACUGUGAUGCAUGGGAAAAGAAUUUCAGUCAGAGUGCACAUCUUGUUCAGCAUCAAACAAUUCAUACCAAAGAGAAACCUUACGAAUGCAGUGAACGUGGGAAGACAUUUAGUCAAGUUCAGUCCUCAUUCAACAUCUGAAGGUUCACACCAGGUUGAAGUCAUGUAUGUACUGAAUGUGGUAAAGGUUCAGUCAUAGCUCAGACUGUAUUCAAAAUCACAGUUCAUGAGAGAAAGAGGGAGACCCUCUGAAUGUGAUAAAUGUUGGAAAGCUUUUAGUGCUAAACUCUUAAUUGGCUCAUGCAAAUCCAUUUCAGUGAGAAAAACUAUGAAAAUACGGAACAUGGUAAAUUUAUACUAUCUUCAUUCCUUAAUCAUAAUGGGGAAUUUGUACUGGAAUAAAAUUCCAAUAUGUGAAAAAAAAAAAAA